AUGGUUGCGACAAACAUUCUGGAUGGUCACAAUCGGAAAGCACAAAUGUUGGCAAUGGGCGGAAUCGAAUUGCAAUCAGUUUUCUAUGGGAAACCGGGUGCCGAUAUCGACGGUUUAGAUGGAUCGGAUCCUUAUCAGAGAGCGAAAGAGAAGCUUACAGAUCACUUUUCCCCAAAACAACACGAAAGCUUUGAAAGAUAUCAAUUCUGGUCCAUGAUCCCAGGAAAUGACGAACCCAUUGAAAAGUUUAUGCUUCGUGUUCAACAAAGAGCAGAAAAGUGUUCAUUUGGCCAAACUGAACUCGAAUGCCGUCAGAUUGCGAUAAUUGAUAAAGUGAUCCAGAAUGCCCCUGAAGACCUACGUCGUAAACUAUUGGAGAAAGAUCAUUUGACUUUGGAUGACACUACAAAAAUCGUGAAUGCGUAUCAGUCAGUUAAGUAUCAAGCAGAGCAGAUGAAAUCCAAAUCAUCGCACCAGAUCGAGAUAAACAGAUUGGUUACACGAAGACCUAACGUCCCAUUGUACAGAGAUUCUUGGUUACCUGCAUACAAAAAUAAAUGUGAUCGUUGCGGCCGUUUGAAAUAUAGAGGAACUGAGCAAUGCCCAGCCAUUGACAAAGUUUGCCACCGUUGUCAUAAAUCCGGUCAUCUCCAAGUGGUGUGUAAAUCUAAUCAGCCAACGCAUUCCAGAUAUUCGAAGCGUAGGUUCGUAUCAUCAGGUGACAGUCGCCCGGGUCUCUUUCCGAAACGUUCUAGAAACGUGAUGAACAUUAAUACUCCCGAAAGCGUUACUGAGACGACCGAAAAUUUCCCGGUAUAUAAAAUUAAUGAUGACAACGAUGAGCUUGUUAGAUGUUCGGUCGGAGGUGUUUCGAUAGACAUGUUGGUUGAUUCUGGAUCCACUUACAACUUGAUCGAUGAUACAACUUGGGCAUUAAUGAAGCUGAAAGGGGCGAAGAUUCAUUCAGAACGAUAUGAUAAUGCAAAGCGAUUUUUGGCACACGGUAGAGUUCCUCUAGAUUUGUUGACGGUUUUCGAUGCAACUCUGGAAGUGACGGAUGGAUCAGAAAUAAUUUCAACGGAAACAACAUUCUUCGUCAUCAGAGGGGGACAACAAGCUUUGCUUGGAAAAGUAACAGAUUGCCAGCUUGGUCUCCUGCGUGUCGGCCUCCCCAGUGUGAUUCGAGAGGGUGUAAAUCAGAUCAAUACAGAUAAACAGUUCCCAAAAAUCAAAGAUUUUAAGCUUAUGUUACCCAUUGACCGUAGCAUACCUCCAGUGAUCCAACCUCUCCGCCGUUGUCCGAUUCCUAUCCUUGAGAAGGUCAAGGAAAAGCUCGAUGAACUAUUACAAAUGGAAAUUAUAGAAAAGGUGACAAAACCAUCCUCGUGGGUUUCACCUUUAGUACUCAUUAUGAAGGAUGGCGGAGAGCCGCGCCUUUGUCUGGACAUGAGGCGUGCGAAUCAAGCUGUCCAACGUCUGAAUCAUCCUCUACCGGUUUUCGAAGACCUGCUUCCCAGAUUCAACGGUGCCAAGUUUUUCAUCACGCUUGAUAUUAAACAAGCCUUUCAUCAAGUCGAACUUGCAGAAGAAAGUCGUGACAUAACAACAUUCAUCACCAAUUGGGGCCUAUUCAGGUAUACACGAUUACUCUUCGGGAUUAACUAUGCACCGGAGUUUUUCCAGCAUUUAAUGGAGAGCAUACUAGCCGGUUGUCCUAACACGGUUGUAUUUAUCGAUGACAUUAUGGGGGGAGAAACGGAGAAAGAACAUGACAAUGCAGUGAAGACAACACUAUCAGUUUUGAGCAGCCAUGGGAUCGAGCUAAACGUGCACAAAUGCAAGUUUAAACAAUUGGAAGUUAUGUUCCUGGGGCAUCGCUUAACAGAAAACGGAGUUCUACCCUCGGAUGAUAAGAUCAAGUCUAUUCUCAGUUUUCGUCCGCCGCGUUCUAAAGAAGAACUGCGUAGCUUUCUUGGUUUAGUCACGUACGUGUCCCACUUCAUUCCAGAUCUUGCGACAGUCAGCAGCCCGUUAAGAGAACUGCUGAAAAACUCAACAGUGUUCCAGUGGGGCUUUAAUCAUGAACAGUCAUUUCAGUCGUUGAAGAAUCGAAUCGGAUCUGUUCACCAUUUGGGAUAUUAUGACCCUAAAGAUCGUACAGUGCUAAUAACAGACGCGUCAGGAGCAGGACUCGGAGCUGUACUGGUACAGUACAAGGGAGAUGUGCCACGAGUAAUAAGUUAUGCUUCACGCAGUCUGUCUGAUACUGAAAAACGUUAUCCUCCGAUAGAGCUCGAAGCUCUAGCCAUCGUUUGGGCGGUUGAACGCUUCAAGGUCUACUUAUUGGGAAUUUCUUUCAUCCUGGAAACUGACCAUCGACCGUUGGAGGUUUUAUUCACAUUUUAUUCACAAAUCUCGUCCUACUGCACGAAUCGAACGAUGGAUACUUAG